AACCGUUCACUGCAACCUAUUGUCACCUUUAUUGUUUUAUGUCGUUCGGCGAAUAUCGAAUUCAAAUCAGCUUCCAAUGAGUCAGAAUCAGCAAUCAUAUGGGUUGGGGCGAAACCAAGGUGGAGGGUCUGUCAAACGUGCUAGGGAGAUGCUGAAUGCCGGGGUACGCGCACAGGAUCAGGAACGUCGAAUGCCGCCACCACAACCAACACACAGUCGUUCCAGUUCGCGUGAUGCAGAGAUUGAGAUUGGAUAUGAGUUCGAAGAUGACCCCAGAGGGCCCGUGCCAAUUAUGCCAAUCCAAGGAUUGCAAGUCCCCAGACACAGCGGUCCCCCGCCGACGUCAAGAAGGGGUCCGUCAUCAGUAUAUUCUCGUUUAAUAACUGGCACUGCCGUAUCUCCUAUCCCGGAAGAGAACUUUAAACAAACACGGAACAAGAAAGAGUCUUAUGCAUCCAGUACAGUCCUUCCAUCGAGUUGGGGACCGGGAACACCUCAAUCGGAUGCUGCCGAGUCUUAUGUGUCGGAACAAGAGCCUACAAACGAGGGCAGAAACGAGCCCAAGAACGAACCUAAACAGGAAGUGAAACGCGGUAAACGUGAUUCGUUGACGAUUUUGCGACAAGCUAGUUUGGGAAAGCGUGGAAAGCCUUCUUUGCGCUCUAUCAGCAGGCCUCCUAACAGACAGCCCUCAUUAAAGGAGGACAAGUCUAGCGACAGUAGCUUGGGAUAUUCAACUAACAGUCAGCAACGACGCGCGUCGGUAGAUUCCGUUUCCAGCGACUCGGACUCGGACUCGGUAGACUUGGAAAAAGAGAGGAUAGAGAUUGAAAACGAGCAAAAGGCACGAAGCAUUGGCAUGGGAUUCGGACUCGGACGGCCUGGUGCUGGAAUGAGUAGUAGAAAGCCCAACUCUCACCGACCUCCUGAGCUCGAUCUGAACGCAGUGCGCUCCGCUGAAGCGCAAGGAAGUCUGACCAGUCUGCCGGAUCUGAUUCGACGCGCUACAAAGGUGGCUUCGAAUUUGGAGCAUGGCAGGACAGCGAGCCGGCUCAGUAUGUUUAAUAUGUUUGAUUUUGGAACUCAGAAGAAACAACCAAGAGCUUCGCAGCAUCGUUCCUCUGCUUCGUUGUCAGAUAUCCUGGCUUCGUUCCCGCCACCGCGUACCAGAACCCCAGACGAUAGCGUCCGAACGUCAUGGCCGUAUGCACCAACCAAUGCAGCGGAAAAGUCUCGAUUGCUGUUUAUCUUUGUGUUGCUUGUUGUGUUGUGCAUCAUUGCAGCGGCCGUCGUAAUUCCUAUCGUCCUUGUGGUUCUUCCCCGGAAUCGCCAGCAUCCGGCGUCCGCCGCAACUAACACCACGCUACCACCAACAUGCGAACAGAAAUUGCCGUGUCUGAACGGUGGCGUGAGCGUUCGAACUGGCGGCACCUGCUCGUGUGUUUGUGUUAAUGGGUUUUCGGGUACUCAAUGCGGCACUGCCAGCGACGGCAGCUGUACAACCACGAAGACGGCGAUGAGCGGCAAUACCACUAUUGGAAGUUCACUACCUAACCUGUUCGCCGAAUCCGAGGCCGAUUUUAACAUUCCGCUCAACGAGACCGAAAUCCUUAGUCUGUUUAAUGCUAAUAACGUGUCAUGCACGGUACAGAAUGCGCUGGUUGAAUUUGCCGGACUGCCUUCAUCCAAAGUUCGGCGGCGCCGUGGAUCGCCUGUUGACAACCGAGAGGUAGAACCGACGGCACCGAUUGCCAGCUCAGGGCCUCAGGUACUGGACGCCACAUACGUGCCACCAAUCCUGAGCAUUCCCGCUGCCACUGCGAGUUCAGCAACACAAUAUGCAGGAGCCAUGAAAACAGCAACCGCGACAACCACAACAGCAUCCGCGUCGCCAUCGGCGUCAGCAACACUCAGCGCAGCGGCAGCACGGGUUUACGAAUUUGCGCGUGUCGCGAUUUUGUUCAUUUUUGAACAAACCCAAGAUAUCGACGCGGCGUCGACGGCACAGAACGAGAUUGAUCUGUAUCUGCUGUCCAAAAACAUCGGGACGGACACUAAUAUGAAAAUGAGCCUGACUAAGCCGCAAUCGUUUAUUAUCAGUUUUACCGAUUUUACGAUUACCUUGUCGAACGGGACGGUUGUUGGCAAGACCACUUGACUUUCUUUUGCUACGUUAA